UUCAACACGUUUAGCGAACUAUAUCAUUAUUACUCAUGUUGCGAUUAACUCGCUUGUAACACGUAAUAGAUCGGCAUAGUAACCGUAUUUGAACUUAGGUCGGGUGUAUUAGUGUAGUGAUCUAACCGGCUAACGACACUAGCAAAUAUAGCUAGCCACUUGGUUGGGGUUUCAUAUCAAGCUACUGCUCAGCUGACCAUGAAAUAAAUAUGCAAAAUGACUUUUUCCAAAGGUCGUCAAGACGAUAUGGUGAGGCAGAGCGCAAUGGCAGAGCUGCCGGGCCUCCAGCUGUCUGUACAGUCACAGAGGAACACCCCAGCCUCUGACUCCAUCCAGGAGAACAGUGGGCGACAGCAGAAAGGGGUGUUCACCGAUGACAGACAGCCCCUCUCACAAGGCGCACCAGAGGUGGGCAGCCAGCCAGUGGGAAUUCCCGACGCAGCCAAACGAAGGAAGAAGAAAAGGAGAACAACAGCAACAGGUGGAUUUAAAGGCAACUUCAGUGACCUUUACCUUCUGACUGAUGAAUUGCUUGGUCAGGGUGCAUAUGCCAAGGUCCAGGGGUGUGUCAGUCUUCAAGAUGGGAAGGAAUAUGCUGUGAAGAUCAUUGAGAAGAACGCUGGGCACAGUCGCAGCCGGGUCUUCCGCGAGGUGGAGACCCUCUACCAGUGUCAGGGGAACAGGAACAUUCUGGAACUGAUACAGUUUUUUGAAGAUGACACCUGCUUCUACCUGGUGUUUGAAAAGCUACGUGGAGGUUCCAUUCUCACUCACAUCCAGAACCGUAAGCACUUUGAUGAGCUGGAGGCCAGCCGAGUGGUCAGAGAUAUUGCCAAAGCAUUACACUUCCUCCACACCAAAGGUAUUGCCCACCGGGACCUCAAACCGGAGAACAUCCUGUGCGAAUCGACAGACCAGGUGUCGCCUGUAAAGAUCUGUGAUUUUGACCUGGGAAGUGGAGUGAAACUCAGCAGUGCCUGUACUCCUAUAACCACUCCAGAACUCACCACGCCUUGUGGGUCGGCGGAGUACAUGGCCCCAGAGGUCGUAGAGGUGUUCACAGACGAGGCCUCGUUCUACGACAAACGCUGUGACCUCUGGAGCCUGGGGGUCAUCCUCUACAUCCUGCUGAGUGGAAGCCCCCCCUUCACCGGACACUGUGGAACUGACUGCGGCUGGGACCGGGGAGAGACCUGCCGCUCCUGCCAGAAUAACCUGUUUGAGAGCAUCCAAGAAGGCCACUAUGAGUUUCCAGAGAGGGACUGGUCCCACAUCUCUGCCCAGGCUAAGGACCUCAUCUCCAGGCUGCUGGUGAGGGAUGCCACCCUGCGCCUCAGCGCCAGCCAGGUCCUGCAGCACCCCUGGGUCCAGGGAAAUGCACCAGAGAGAGGUCUUCCCACUCCACAUGUCCUCCAAAGGAACAGCAGCACCAAAGACCUGACCCAGUUUGCUGCUGACGCCAUUGCCUUCAACCGCCAGCUGUCGCAGCAUGACGAGGACCAUCAGGAAGUGGUCACUGCCAUUGUGACCUCAAUGAGGCUUUCGCCUCCCUCGAACUCCCGGCUAGCUCGCCGACGGGCACAGUCCAACGCCCAGCGCACCACCCCGGACUUCCUGCCUGCUGAUGACGACACCCUCCCCACAUGACCAUCCCCUGGCUUAACCCAGGGAGACCCCGUUUGGUGCUGUUGGAGUUCUCUUUUUACAGCUCGUCCACAUUAAUACUGUGGUGUGUUCCUAACUCUGUCCUCCUUUCUUCAUCUGUUCCCUCCACCCUGGUGUGAGGAUGUCUCCCUGCUCUAUAUGGUUUUUCCUUGGAGCCUCUACAGCAGGGCUGGCUAACCCUGUUCCUGGAGAGCCACAGUCCUGUAGGUUUUCUCUUCAGCCUCAUUUGUGACUAACCUGAG